AUGUGAAGGUAAGUUUAUGUAAGACUUAGGUCUACUAUAUGUUAUACUAUAUGUUAUAAGGGGCGUCUGCGGGGUACGCCCCCUCCCCUCACACGCACACAGACACUCACACCGACAUGCCUAUUGUGACAGGAUUUGCCGAACUUGUCAGUGUAGAUUAGCGGAAUGACGUUACAUUAUUUUUUUAUUUUGUGGAAAACGAAAGAUCGAUCUGCUCUCCAGAUUUAAUCACGAAUUAUAAGAAUGUCGCGGGCCGGUACGGACCUCAUAAGUCUAAGUGGUGAACAAGCCGAUCCCUCUACCUCACUACGGAAAAUGGCUGAUCGUCCAGAUCUCAGUAGUUGUAUUUAGCUCUGGCGCUGUUCACUUUUAAAACUGAUGAUGCUUAAAAAUCGACCUGCAAUAUCUGUAUGUUAACCGAUACAUCGUCCAUCUCAAACUUGUUUGUUCCAUCUUCAUAAAGACAACAUGUAAAGCAACAUAACCAGGAAUAAAUUGCUCGAGAAUCGUGAGACCAAAUCGUCAUCUCGAUUUUGAGUGAAAAACAAAUCGUGAUUUUUAUUUUACCUAGAAUCGUGCAGUCCUACGUUACGUUUCUGCAGACAUAACGAGGCAAAAAACGUUAGUCAAAAAGUCUAAAUGACUAGGGGUACACACUGCGUACAGGCCGGCGUACAGCCGCAAACGCCAAUGUUAUAGAUAGAAAAAAACUAAUAAGGAAAUUAGAGCAUUGUUUAUUUUCCACAUUAGUUUUAGUCGUUAUGAAAUCCGGAACGUUGCGAAAUAGUAACAUGUUGUCUCAGAGGUCUUGGGAGUGGAGGAAUGCAAAAUCAAAUGCAGGAAAAACAAAUCUCGAAAAUUGUAGUGUGGUUUUAAUAUAUGGCUUAUUUUGUAGUUUAGAAUAGAAACGGGCUAAAUAAACGUUACUGUACAUUUUUGCAAAACUCUAAAUAACGCGUGGAAUCCAAAUAACCAAAACGAGCUGUUUUUCAGUAGCAACCAAUGUAUCACGAACACAGCUGCAGUUUCCCCGCUUCUCAGCCGCCCGAUUAUUAUUUACCUAAUAUACUUUUUAGCGCUGCAUUAAUCACAGGCAACACUAUCACCCAACCAACAGUCUGCAAAUGAAAUUUCUAGGGCUGAGGCCAAGCUUGUGCGAUGGCUGUUAUUAUACAGCGGUGUGGGCUCGCCGCGCUCUGAUUGGCCGCCCGAAGCAGCUUUCAGAUACAAACUGCUCCGCCAGCGCGGCUCCGGAGUUGCGUGCGUGUGUUUGGGGGGCUGGAGCCUCAUCGCUGUUUACUAGUGCAGAGGAGAUGGGCUUCAAUAGUAAGUGCUACGAUUUUUUAAUGCAAUCGGCGCCGCUCUACUUUCUUGGCCGGAUCCAAAGUUGGCACCGGUAAGGCGACGCUUGCGUUGCAGUAAAACCGAAGUUGGUUCUCCUCCAAGUUCACAGCCUCCAGUGGGCUGGCUGAGGGUUCAAGAGUCUUCACGCUUUGUUUGCCACAGAUGCCUUUUGCUGCCUUUUGAUUACGGCGUACUGUUUUUUUUCCUCGUAAGAUCGACUAACAGGAAUUAACGCUUUAGCGGUAAGUGAUGGGCUCCCGGCUGAGCAGGCAGGACAGCCUAAACGGCGAGGUACAUUUUUCCAAGAACAGACCCCAGCGACACGGCAGCUGCGGGGAAGCCGUGGUGGCUGCCAACCGCGGCGGCGGGAACUUCUCGCUUUCAUCCCUGAUCAGAAGGUCCGACAAGCUGCCGAGGAUGCUGCGGAAGACAACGCAAUGUCCCUAUAUGAGAAGAGUGGCUUGGAUCCGGGAGAUACAGACACUUCUCCGGGUGAACAAGGUGGAGCAGGCGGGCGAUAUACUCAGAUUACUUAGAAAGGACAUGGGUCUGGAGGGCACCUCCCUCACCGACAUCCUGUACAAGAACGCCGCAUUCCUGAACCUGGUGGACCCCAUCUCCCAUGAGCUCCUGCUCAGCCUGGCUCGUGACAUGCAGUGCCCUAAAAUGGAUGCUGAGCCAAUGAAGUCUUCUGAGAAAAUAUGCAGACAGCUGAUUUACCAUCUGACCCCGCACUCCAAAUGGGCCAGGCAGGGCACAUUGCGGAAGAAACCCCAGACUUGCCUUAAAACGAUGCUGCAGAAGAAGCUGUCCAGCGGCACCGUGGACCUGUCCGGCAUCGCACUGUCCAGUCAGGACAUCCACCGGGUGACGUACUACCUCCAGAAGAACCGCGAUGGCCUGGUCUUGGUGGACCUGAGCUUCACGGAGCUCCAGGACGAUGGGCUACGGCCCCUGCUGCCCUUUCUGGGGGCACUGCCCAAGCUGUCCACGCUGGCGCUCAAUGGCAACCGACUAACCGCCGCCGUGCUGAAGGACCUCACAGAAGUGGCCAAGGACCCCUCGCGCUUCCCCAGCCUGGCUUGGGUGGACCUGGGCAACAACGUGGACAUCCUGACCAUACCUCAGCCCCUCCUGGUCGCCCUCCGACGUCGUUUCGGCCUCAAGAGCAGCCUGCCCACCAUCUAUGAACAUGGUGAGAGACGCCACCAUGAUUGGCAGGUAGGGUAUGGCGAGGAAGAAGAAGAGGAGGAGAAUGUCUCUGACAUGUCUGAGGAAGCCCUUGAAGAUAAACCAGAGUUAUGGGAGGUCAGAGAAAAUAUGCCCCAGGACAUGGAAUUGCACUGCUGUGAGAGGUGAACCUGCCAUCAGAUCCUGCAAUGAAUUUGGGAACUUGAUGUGUAGGGAACCCAGCUUGUCAUGCCCUGACCCCAGCAGGACCUCUGACCUCCACUGUACACUGCCUGUCGUGCUCAUUAGUCACAAUGUCUCUGGCUGUGACUUCUGAUGCAGAAGGUUUCCCUUCCAUUGUCAAGGAGUGAACAGGGGACUUGGACACAAACCGUCCCUCCUAUUGACUGCUAGUGGUGUCACAUGGAGCCGGGUUGGAGGUGUGGAUUAUUAGCCUUCCACGGCAUUGUCCUUUUAUUCCCAGGGCUCAGGUGGCUGCACAGUCUGUGGCUUCAUUAGGCCACGCCCCCACAAGCGCUCACUGGCCCAUAUGUGGCCAAUGGUAGCUCACUUGCCGUAAAGGGGGAGGGACUUCUUUUACAAAAGGCAGCGUGCAGAGAAGCCAUCUCUGGGAGCUUUAAUCAGCAGUACUGCUUGGCUGGUUAUUGUGGGGAAAAAAAAGAGUUUUUGUAAUUACAGCAUUCAUGGUGUCAGUUUUGAGUGUGUGAUGAAUAACGGGGUUUGUAUUUCGUCUGGACGUGUGGGUCUGCUCUGAUCUGCGGUCUCUAGGCACCCACCACUGUAAACAAACAAAUACUCUGAGCUUGAUGUAGCAUCUUGUAUGGAUCUGUAAGGGAUUCACAUUUUGUGCUGCUUCAAGAACGUUAUUUUGUAUUUUUUUUUGUUAUUUGUCUGUAUUUAUGCAAAGGUUUUUGUAGGUGAUAUGAAGUGUUUUUGUGUUAGUGGUAUUAAUCUUUCGUAUCUGAAUCAUCACCCGCUGUUCAGUGCAACAACGGAUCAGUUGUUACUGUGGUAAAUCUGCAUCAGCACAGGGAUAUGUUAGGCUUGUGCGAUACAGACUGUCUGCUUCACUUGCACCUGUGUCUGGUGGUCUGGCGGCAGUCUUGCUGCCAAUGCAUGUCGUAGCAGUGUCACCCUGGCGGGGCUUGUGCAGGUCCGACCUGCCAGCACUGCUAGUGUGAAUAACGUUGGUCUCUUAUAUGGGGGAAAAGAAAUAAAGAACAUGGUGAAGUAA